CAGUGCAGCGAUCCGGUCACAGUCGCACUCGGGUCAGUGGCAAGAUGGCGUGCGUUGCUAACGGUCGUGUCUCAACUGUGACCAUUGUUUUAAUCGUAUUACAAGUCGCAAUAUCACAAGAACGUCCCGAUAUAAAAGUGAAUUUCGAAGUAUUAAAACCAAAAGGAUUACGUAUAUCGAUACCAGAUUCGAGCUCUUCAAAAAUAUCAUUGUUCGCUUUCAAUGGCCACCUUAACAGAGCUAUAGGCAGUGACGAUGUUGGCUCAAUAAGGGGUGAGGUUACAAAGGCCACAAAUGGGCGAUGGGAAUUCGAGGAUCCCAAUGUGGAACUGAAAGUGGGUGACGUUAUACACUAUUACUUCAUCGUGACAGUCGACAGGGUUGGAUAUGUGAUUGACAACCUGACAUAUACUGUAGGCAAUUUGGAUAACCGUUCAGGCGGUUCCAACCCCAAUUGCCAGUCAUCAGUGACAGUGAUCCGCGGCAGUACGACACCAAUAUGCUCUGGUCAAACCAUCUUCGAAGACCACUUCGAUAGCUUAAAAGAGAACGUGUGGCAAAUUGAACAAUACAUACCAAUUGAUAAUCCUGAAUAUCCUUUCGUAUCAUAUCAGCGCCUUCCAUCAGAUCCCACGGUGUCUAUAGUAGACGGUAAUCUUCGUAUAGUUCCAAAACUGCAACAAAAUCAGCCGGGCUUCACGAACAUGUCCAUCUUUACGGACAAUUUAAAUUUAUUUGAUGGAUGCACAGCACCAGCUUGCUCGAAGCAACCAUCCGGAGCAGAUAUCUUACCACCGGUGGUUACAGGCCGUAUUACGACCAGCAAAAGCUUCGUAUUUAAAUAUGGGACUGUUCAUAUCAGGGCGAAACUACCGCAAGGAGAUUGGCUGUACCCAGAAAUCAUGCUGGAACCAUUUCUGAAGAAAUAUGGUAAUACAAACUUUGCAUCUGGUGUUUUGAAAAUCGCUGCAGCACGUGGCAAUAAGGAGCUAAAUUCUGGACCACAAGACUAUGGAAACAAGGUUCUUUACGGAGGUCCCGUAAUGGACUUCGAUUGCCGCAACGAAGUGCUAAAGAAGAAUGUACUAACUAAUGGUCGGAUGUGGGGAGAUGAUUAUCACGAAUACAGCCUUCGCUGGUCACCAGAUCGUAUAAUUUUAUUGGUGGAUGGAGUGGAGUGGGCGAGAGUGGAGCCGGCAGUGAGCGGGCUAGCUGGCCGACUGCCACGGUCCUGCAACCACGUACCACGAAUGCUCCUCGCCGGGGGAACCAGAAUAGCACCUUUUGAUGAUUCAUUCUACAUAACACUGGGCGUAUCUGCUGGUGGUAUAUCAGAGUUCGAAGAUAACCUAACAUCCAAGAAUGGCUGGCCGAAGCCCUGGAGCAAUGGAGCGAGGAAGGCCAUGUUGAACUUCUGGAAAGAUCUAGAUGCAUGGUACCCGACGUGGAGUCAAUCUGCGUUGCUUGUUGAUUAUGUGAAAGUAGUCGCUUUAUGAUUGACUAGUUUUUAACCGUGACUUCACCCAUGUGACCAGGAUAUGUUUAUUGACCGAGUAUGUCCAUGAAUACGCUAGUUAUUUGAUUUGAAUACCAGAAGGAGACUAUACAAAAGUGGGCGUGAAUUUACAGGGUACAGAUGAAUAAUACCUGAGUCCUCAGGAAUGGCAACGCAUGGGGGGUAUCAUGGUCGAAACUGUAUACUCUGUUAUGUCCAUGGUACCGCCCGUAUCUAUAGGCGACGGUUACCACUUUCCAUCAGGUGAGCCAUCAGCUUGUUUGCCAUUCUAAGUUGUAUAAAAAAGAAAGAAUUAUUUUGUUUAAUUCCGCUACCAAUAGACAAAAUAAACCAAAAUAAUUCUGAUUAAAUAAAUAUUAAUAUGGACUUUCGCAAGAUAACACCUAGUUCAGUAAAAUAUCUUAGAGUACAUUCAAAUUUCAUAGAUUUAUAAGCUAUUCAGACGCUAAAAGGUAACAAAUAAACAAGCACGUUCCUAUUUACGAUAUCAAGUAAGAAUUUAAUGCAACGCACUUUUGGACAAUGUGUUUUUAUUAUUCUUUAUUCUUUAUUGUACACAAACGGUUAUUAAAAUGUAAAAACAAACAUAAUAGUGUACAAAGGCGAGCUUAUCUCCAAUAGAGAUUUCUUCCAGCAAACCCAAUAUGAGAAAACUUACAAUUCAUUACAACAGUAUUUUAACAGUUCAUUAGUAGUUACAGUCAUACAUGUGUACCAAUCGACUUAAAUGUUUAUAGUUAAAAAUAAAUAAAUAAAAUGUAGACUUUACAAAUUCUAUUAUAUGUUUGUAUGAAUAAAUGAAAACUCUUUAUUAUUUGUUCCCUUCAAAGAAUGACAUUGAUUAUAAAGAUUAACAAUAUGUACACGAACAGAAUGCAUACGUAAAUACGAUAAAGCAAGUUAAAGAGGCAACAAUGGGUGGCUUUAUCGCUAAACAGCGAUCUCUUCCGGGCAACCUUAGGACGGAGAGGAGUAAUUAAAACUGGAUCUGGUCUUUGUUUCAUGUUUGUUACCUCAGAACUCUGUCAUUUAUGAAUCGAUUUUUCAAUUAUGAAUAUUCUUUUCUUAUCUGUAAAGGUUUACUUUCAGUUUGGUCCCAUAGAAGUUUUAUCAAAAUCGGUUCAGUUAUUUAGUUUUGAAAUUAAAUUAACUAGUUUUGUCGCAUUGAAGCCGGUUUUUUUUGUGGAACGCAAUCUUGAAUUAUAAUUGAAAUAUAAUUGAAUUGUGUAUGUGUAUAUAUAUAUAUAUAUAUAUAUAUAUAUAUAAUAAUGAGUAGGGAUAAUUUUUAUAUUAUUAUAUGUAUUACAUCUCCCAUAUUUAGAACUAACAAAAUUUUUUAUCGUGCCUUCCACCAAGUUAUGAGUUAUGUACAAUAAAGAUUUUUACAAUACAAUACAAUACAAAUUGUUUAUAAUUACUCCUCUCCAUCCAAAGGUUGGCUGGAAGAGAUCGCUCUUAGCGAUAAGGUCGCCCAUUGUUUUCUCAUUGUGAUUAUUUCUUGUAAUUAUUUAUAUUUAUAAUAAGUUUACUAUUGUAAUCUUUUGGAGGAAACAAUAAAGAGUAUCUAUCUAUCUAUAAUUAUCAAAUAGCUAUAUGUACAGUACCUUUGACGUAACUCCUUGACUAAUGUCAAUCAUAACACAUUUGCAGGGGCAUAUGGACUUAGGGUCAAUACGAUACUAACUAGCUAGUCAGAGAGCUGGAUGUUAAAAUUGUUUAUUUUCUGGCAUUAGUACUAAUUAUAGAUUUUGUUUACUGCUGGCACUCGUGACCUUUAAUCAGGUAUAACUGCCAUAUUUUUAUUAUUCCUAUUUAGUUUUUAGUAUACCUAAUUAUGUUUUUGUAUGUUGACUAAUAAGUUGACCGUUACCUUUUUGACAGUAACACGUGUCUCAAUCAAUAAUAUAUAUAUAUAUAUAUAUAUAUAUAUAUAUAUAUAUAUAUAUAUUAAUUAAUGUAACCCAUUCCUUGACACUGGUGUUUGUAUUUAUUAAUAGUGGCUCAAGUAUUUCUUACCCCAGAAAAAAUUUAUUACCGAAAUAUUAAAAAGAAAUAAAUUCAAUUAUUCGAAAAAAAAACACAAACGAAAAAAAGAACACCUGUAUCUAUUAUUAUGUAUGAAAAUGAAAAAAAAAAUGUAGUGCCAUUGACAAAACUAUAGAUUAUUCUUUUUUCAAAUAUUUUAAUUAAUUUUUGUAAUUUUUAUACAAUAUAUACAAUAUAAAAAAUUAUUAUUUAUUCAUUCAUUCAUUCAGUACAUAUAUGUGUACAAGGCGGUCUUAAUGCUAAAAGCAUUCAUUUCCAGUCAACCUUAGGGAAGUGUUAGAAUAAAAAAUAUUUUUUUAGUACUUAUUAAUGAAUACUAACACCCGUUUGAAGGAAUACGUUACGUUAAUUAACAUAUCGUAUAAACUUUUUCUUUGCUGUAUAAUUUAUUGAUAACACCAGCAAAUUUGUGCCAUGGUCUUAGAUAAAAAAAAAAUUAAAUAAAGAAUGAAAAAUAUGCAUUUAUGUUAAGCAUUUAUGUAUAAUUUACUAAUAAAGUAAUCUUUUUCA